AUGGUACGCGUGGACGGUCGAGGCAAGCGCUGCCGCUUCCGGCACCCCGACAUCAGCGAGGUCACCAACCUGGGCGUGCGCAAGAACGAGUUCAUCUUCUGCCACGACUUCCAGAACAAGGAGUGCGUCCGUCUCAACUGCCGCUUCAUCCACGGCACCAAGGAGGACGAGGACUGCUACAAGAAGACGGGGGAGCUGCCCCCGCGCCUGCGGCAGAAGGUGGCCGCCGGGCUGGGCCUCUCGCCCGCCGACCUGCCCAACAGCAAGGAGGAGGUGCCCAUCUGCAGGGACUUCUUGAAGGGCGACUGCCAGCGGGGCGCCAAGUGCAAGUUCCAGCACCUGCAGCGGGACUACGAGUACGAGGCGCGAGGCAUGGCCGCCCGCGAGCAGGGCAUCGUCCCCGCCGUCCGCCGCUACGACCCCUACGACGCCAUCUACGACCCCGACCGCUACGACGACCACGACCCCGUGCUGAAGCGGCGGCGGGUGGACGGGCUGCACUUCGAGACCUACGAGUACAGCUUCGCCAGCCCGCGGACGGUGGAGUACCGGCUGCUGGAGGAGGAGAACAUCAUGCUGCGCAAGCGGGUGGAGGAUCUCAAGAAGCAGGUGAACAACCUGCUGGCCACCAACGAGGUGCUGCUGGAGCAGAACGCCCAGUUCCGCAACCAGGCCAAGGUGAUGACGGAGGUGGCGCUGGGCCCAGCCGCCACCGCCACCGAGCAGACUCUGGCCCCCACCGUGGGCACCGUCACCAACUACAACCACAGCAUCGCCCAGACCCACACCACGCUCAGCAGCCAGGCCCUCCAGCCCCGGCCCGUUUCCCAACAGGAUUUGGUAGCUCCCGCCGGAGCCCAGGCGGCUCCCCCCGCCAACGCCGCUCCCCCCAUGAACCCCGAAAUCACCCCGCUUUCGGCCGCCUUGGCCCAGACCAUCGCGCAGGGCAUGGCCCCCCCCGUCUCCAUGGCGCAGGUGGCCGUCUCGGUGGCGCCGGUGGUCCUUUUCACGGCCGAGCCGCUG